UUUUCUUUUUCAAGGGGAAUCGGCUCGUUUGAAAGAGAGGAGGCUCCGCUUUGGCCAUGCUCCGAUCCUGGGCACUCGUGGCCCUCUUCUUAGCCCUUGCAACUGGAAAGAAAAUAUGGGAUGCCCCCAGAGCACACAUCAGCCAGCUAGGCUCAGAAAAAGUAUGGUGGGAGCUUCAGUGCCAGUUCCAAUUGCGCCACCUUCAGGACGGUGCGAGAAUUUCAGCUGUUCUACGGCCACAAUUAGAAGGUCAUUGGAUCUCAACAGGGUGUGAAGUGCGCCCAGGACCUGAAUUCCUGACUCGGUCAUAUAUGUUCUUUGCCAACCGCCUCUUCAAAGCCUAUCAGUUUUACUACCGCGACCCUUCCUGUAGAGAGCCCACCUACUCUCUGGUCAUCAAAGGGAAAAUCAGGCUCCGGCAGGCAUCCUGGAUCACCCUAGGGGCUACAGAAGCAGAUUAUCACCUUCAUAAAGUUGGCAUUGUCUUCUACAGCCAGAGGGCCAUGCAGGAAACGGUUGCCCGCCUCAACCAAACAGGAGUGCGUUGCAGUGGAUUUUUGCCAGCUGGACGGGCUUGGGCUCCGGGUGCCCUCUACGAGCUUCUGAGUGCUAAAGGGGAAGAGGACUGCACCCCUGGCCUUGGCUUUGCCAUGCAUGAGCUUAGCCUGGUACGAGUGGAGAAGUAUCACCAGCCCUUGCUCCUCCAGCACAACCAGGGGAGCAGGCAGGUGGAGGAGCUGUAUCUUGGAGACAUUCACACUGAAUGGUCAGAGAGGCUUCAGUAUCGGCCUACAGGAUAUCAGCGCCCACUGCAGAAUGCCAUGCACCACAUUCAUCCUUGCCCUGCUUGUGGGGUGAUAUACAGAGCUGACGAACAUAACCCGCCCGUAUUACCAGCCAGACCUGAGCUUCCGAUGCUGUUGAGCGGCCACUGGGUCAGCUCUCGCUGCGAAGUCCGCCCAGCAGUGCUUUUCCUUACCAGGUACUUUAUCUUCCAUGCCAACAACCGCAGCUGGGAAGGCUACUAUCACCACUACUCUGACCCUCUCUGCAAGCAACCAACUUUCACCGUCUAUGCCUUGGGUCAUUACAACGAGGGAGCCCCUUCCCGCAUCGUGAGAGGAGGCACCGAGCUGGUCUUCAAGGUGACACAUGCUCGGGUGACACCUAUGGAUCAGGUCACUGCGUCCAUGCUGAACUCCUCUGAUUUUGGGAGCUGUGGAGAGGCUGGAUCUUGGCACAUGGGGCAGGAGCUAGAUGUGACCCACACCAAUGGAUGCGCAGCCCUAGGUAUUAAACUCCCCCACGCCGAGUAUGAACUCUUCCGCCUCGAACGAGAUGGAAAAGACCGGAGCCUGCUGUUUAUUGGUGAGAGACCAACUGAUGGCUCAAGUCCUAACACUCUCGAUAAGCGGCCCACGUCUUACCAGUCUCCUCUUCUCCAGUGUGGUGGGCCCUCGGGAACUUUGGCAAGAUAUAGCAUGCCACACGAUCCAAAAAGAUUAAGUGCCCAAGCAAAUCAUGGAGCUCCAAAGACUCCCUUAUCUCUGCUGGUGUUUCUAGCUACAUUGCUGGCCAACUGGGAUUAAAAGCUUGCUGAUGGAGCAGCAGAAAAUGCAGAUAACCUUAGCCUUCAGGCUUUGUGUAGUCCAAUCAAAAAAUAAGCACAGAGGCGUUUUUUUCCACAGGUUGCAAAAAAUUAUGUUUCCUUGCCUAUGUUUUCCGUUGCCGUGCUCGCUUACAUACACCUGUAAAUUGGUUUUCUUGAUUUUUGAAGUGGAAAAUCACUCACUUUUCAUCAGGUGACUCAAUGCACACACAACUGCCUGUUUCUGAAGCAGUGUUUCUCAAUCUCAGAAAUUUUAAGAUACAAGGACUUCAAUUCCCACAAUUCAAUUCAGCUGGGUGGAGAACUCUGGGAGUUGAAGUCCGCACAUCUUCAGGUCCCUAAGUUGAGAAACACUGUUCUUGAAGGGCCCAAAAAGAUAGAAAAGGUUUUUUUUUUCCACCCUCCUUCGAAGACAUCUCAUUGUUUAAACUUCUGUUGUUCAUUGAAGAAAUAUUUCACUAAAUAUUCACUAAAUUUUCUUCUUGACGUUGCUUCGUAUUAAUUUUACUGAUAUGCAACCAACACUUUUUACAAUGCAAAAGGUUAUCCUUGUUCAAAUAAUAAAGGAUGAGAGAAAUUGAAUUUUAGGUGCUAUAAGAACGAACUGUGUGACAUAAUGCUCGCCUAAAUUAAGAGCCUUAGUGAGAAGGUUGUUUGCCAGGGUGGAUGGUCCAUUUUAGCAAGGGGAAAACACCUUUCUUGGUAGACCAAAUACAUAAGGAUGAUGAUGUCCCAUAAUUGUUCUGUUAAGCAGCUUUAAAUUAUCUUUGAAAUAAAAAAUGUAUGGUUUUCAGUCCUCAGGGAGAAUAAGCUAAAAAUAAGAAAAAAGAAAGAUUUGUCAGCAAGGUCACAAUUUGUGGAUGCCAACUUAUUUAAAAAGUUUUGUAUUGUGCUGAGCAUGUUGCUUACGGUAAGGCUAAGCGUAGUGCUUAUGGAAGGGGGAUGAAACCCUCACCUCGGAUUCUGUCAACCAUGAUGUGUGUGCAUGGUAUCUGCAGAGGUUGAAAAAAUGCCAAGAUGGUGGUCAUGAUCAAACCUGUUCAUUUUCCUUGGGUGGUCAGCAUUGCAGGCACAUACAGGUAAUUCUCGACUUACAACAGUUCACUUAGUGACCAAAGUUACAAGGAGACUGAAAAAAGUUGACUUGCAACUUAUGACACUUAUGACUGUUGCAGCAUCCCCAUGGUCACGUGAUCAAAAUUCAGGUGCUUGGCAACUGACUCAUAGUUAUGAUGGUGGUAGAGUCCUGUGGUCACCUUUUGUACCCUUCUGAUAAGCAAAGUCAAUGGGGAAGCCUGAUUCACUUAACAGCCAUAUUACUAGCUUAGCAAACUGCAGCGAUUUGCUUAAACAACGGUGGCAAGAAAGGUCGUAAAAAUG